AUGCCCGGAUGCUAUGGCAUAGAGUCACCGGCUCCGGUGUGGCAGCCUCGCGGACCUGCGAUUAUGCAGUCGGGUUUGGCAGUUCCGGCAAGCUGCUCUCAUCAGGUCCCGUCGAAUACAAAUCGAAUAGCCGGUCCCUCUUCUGUCACCCAGAGGCCAUGCCACUCGGCGAGAGGCUCAACUAGGGAUUCUAGCACCACUGCUCCCCGGGCCUGGCCGCGCUACAUAGCCAUGCUCAAAAGCAUCGACAAGAUCCCUCGGAUGCACAACAUCCUAGCCUCCGUGUUCACCUGGGUCCUCCUCGCAGGUUUCGUGGUCUUCCCCGCCACAUUCUCCUGGCCGCCCCUCGGAUCGGUGGUCCUGCAACAGUACUGCCUCAUCGGCCUCGCGGCGUCCCUCGUGGUCUUCGGCGUGCUAGGCAUGGCUUUCAUGGGCGUGCGCUGGCGCAAAAACUACGUCUGGCUGCUCAACCGCAUCUUUCUGCCCGGGGCACUCAACGGCCUCGCAGGGCUUGUGGCCUCGGGCGCCGCCACGUAUGCCGCUCACAUCCACGGUGUUCCGCAGACUCAAGUUUGGACCAUUACCGCUGUGUCUGUCGUUUGUUUCGAAGGGGCGGUGUUCCUGGUUUGUAGCAUCCUGUUUGUCAUCUACAGUAAAGUACUGAUCGGUCGGAUGAAGCUCGAGUACGAAAGGAACCUAGAGAAGGGCACGCAGGCUGAGCGGAGGGAAUCUGACAACUCACAAAGCGACGAUGCGAACCCAAAGGAGGGAAAUGGGUCCCAUUUUAAUCACGAACAUGACCAUAGGCAAAGUGCAAGUUGGAGACACCAAUUACGGACACCUCCCUUGCUGCCUGGUAGCGUUGUUUGA